AUGGCUUCGGAUGACGAAGGGUACCGCUGCGACGUCUGGCCCAACAUGCCAGACAACACCGAGUACGAUGGAAAGGGGUUACUCACCCUGGUACGGGCUGGCAACAGCCCUUUCAAGGAUCUGUUCGACGUAAACCUCCUCAUCCAGGAGGUAGAAAACAAUGUGGGGGCAAAAGUGACCGACAUCCAACAAUUAUACCGUGAGGUAAAUCGCAGGGCGUCCAAUUGGAAAUGUCAAACGGGCAAAACCUCGCAGCACGUCUGGCUCGAGCAGACGUAA